AUGUUUCGUCUCCUGAACGUCCUGCUGGCUCUGCUGAGUCGCUUCCUGUUUGUGGUGCACGGGGUGGUGACAGUGUGGCGUGUGGUGGCCGUGAAAGGGGAGCCACUCUAUUGGCUGCUGCUGACAGGCGUGGCUCUGCUGGGUGUGGAAAUGGCUGUCACUCUGAAGUGCACGCAAAAUGCAGAGUGGAAAUGUUCGGGUAAAUCACGCCAGGCUGACGGGAUGAUGCUCCCGGAAGAGCAGUUGAGACGUAUUAGGAUCCCACUGCAUGUGCCUGUCGAUGCCAGGGCACUGCCAGUGGGUAUCCUAAGACGUCUCACGGCUCUGUUCGGGAAUCAUCCACCUCAGCCGGUGAUUGCCGAAAGCUGUGACUGCAAGUCUCAAGUUGGGGCGAUGAGUUUUUCCCGUUCUCCGUCUCGGGCUCCGCCCUGGAGGGCGGUGGCUCGACUUUUCAGGUCUCGCUCGACUUCCGAUGGCAUUGUGGAGCUGGACCCGGAGAACUGGGUGGCUGGCCUGGAGCAGACCAUGCUCAUCGUGUUGGUCCUGGGUCGCUGGCUGAUGCCCAAGGGGGACAUGUCCCGUGACCAGCUCUCCCAGCUCCUCAUGGUCUACGUGGGCUUGGGUGCAGACAUCUUGGAUAUCUUCGACACCUUCAAAGAACCCGAGGUCAAAACCAACCGAGCGGUAGUCAUGAUGGGACUGGGCCUAUUUUCUUGGGCACUCAUGCAGUUUCCUCUGGUGCUCACCCAGACACAACUCCCAAAGGGGGAGUCUCCAAAGACGUGCGUGUUCUGCCCUGGUGCUCCAUCGUGGUUCACUUCCUGCUGCUCCAGUGAAGUGUGGAGCUUGCUUCUCACUGUUGGACUCCAAGAUGGCCCAUUUCUGAUUUACCGGCUUUACCUCAUGGUCCAAGAGCAGGUACUCAACCAGCUGAUGAUCUUCUUCACCUGCAAGAACAUCCUCAUCGUCCUCUUGGAGCUUUACAGAAUCUUUGUGGUGCAGUGCGAGCAGCUGGUUGGGGAAUCAGAGUUGGAAAGGUGUACCGCUUUG